UUGAAUUACUUACGAUUAUAGUGACAUAUAAAUAUUAUUAUUAAUUAUUUUUCAAUCAUUUCCUUUUACGUCGUUUAUUCACUGCCGCCUAAAUUUUUGUCGUACACAAGAACACAAAAUUAACUGCAAGAAUAGAUACUAUAAUGCACAUUAUUUAUUCAAAAUAACCGUUCUUAAUAGUUCUUUAAUAAUAUGUUAAAGUAGAUGUUAUACAACAAGUGUUGAAAAUAUAUAUGCACAAGAACAAAUACUGAUGCAUUGAUAUUUAUUUUAGAUAAAGACAAAAUUAUCAAUGCGCAGAAUUUUAAUACGUGCGAAUUUUAAUAUAAAUCAAUAUUAAGAUUAUAAUCGUUAUAUCAUUAUUCAUCUAACUUUUGCAUUAUCAAACAUUGUCAGUAAUUUAUUCAAUAAAUAGCACUUUAUGAUAAAUAACGCGAAUUAUGAUUAUUUAGCUGCAUCUCUUCUCCCUUUCUAAAUAUAUUCUAUGUGUCGAAAAUACUAUCGAAACUGUUAAUUUUUCCGUAAUUCAUAUAUUUCUUCGUUCUGCCAAUGACUUUUUGAUCUUUUCAUUACUUUAAUGGAUGAUUGUUGUAUAAAAAGAGACAAUUUUCACUCCAAGAAUCUUGAAUCUAAUUCUUCAUUCAUGAUUGAAGAUGAAGUUCUAAAUGCUAUAGAAAAUCAUGAAGAUCUUGGAAACAUGACUUUUUACAUAGCUCAUUAUAUUAAAGAUGCUAUGAAAAUGAUGUUCAUUAUGCGUGAUCAUCAUAUGUUUACUGAUGUUAUAUUAGAAAUAGGAUCAGAAUUGUUCCACGCACACAAAAUAAUUCUAGCUGCUGCUAGUCCAUACUUUAAGACAAUAUUUACAGGAGACUUAAAAGAAUCUCAAAUAUCUAGAAUAAAACUUCAAGGUGUCAAUUCAACAACCAUGGCAUGCUUAAUAUACUUCAUGUAUACUGGCAAAAUAAGAAUUACAGAGAUUACAGUGUGUUCUCUUUUAUCAGCAGCUACAAUGUUUCAGAUUAGUAAUGUCAUAGAUGCAUGUUAUGUAUUUUUAAAAAAACAAUUACGUCCCACAACUAGUAUGGAAUUUACUAAUUUUGCUGAACAAUACAAUUACUUAAAUAUAUGUCAGAAAGUAAAUGUAAAGCAAGAAGUAUCUCAACAGUCAGCAGAAAAUGUAAAGGAGAAAACCAAAAAUAAUUUCAAAUUACAAGAAACUGAUUUGUUAAAUUUAGAAAUAUCAGAUAAUAGUAAUAAAAAUAAUAUUGCGCAAAUUGCAGCAAAUCCGGAAUUAAAUAACUUUUCUAAUCAAAAAGAAAAUGAUCUCUUGGGGGAAUUUAAUAAUUUUUUUCAGCAAGAAACAAAAAAUACUGUACCUAUUAUUGAUCCUAUUCAGAAUAUAAUUUUUUACGAUCAGUCUAUUACUAAAAACGAUAAUAGUAAUAAUAACUUGAAUGAUUUAUUCUUGAAUGAAAAUCAGACUACUACAAAGCAAAAUCUCGAAGAUUUAUUUGAUCCAUUUGGUAAAAAAUCUGUGAACAAUCUACUAGGAAAUGAGCAAAACACUAAAUCGAAUAAUAAAUCUUCAUUUGAAGAAAAUUUUCCAAGAAAUUCGAACGUUCAAAACAAAAAUUUCUUUGCAAAUCUUGUUUUGGGAGCUAGUGAACUAACCUCUCUCUGGAAUGGAACAGCAAGAAGCCCUAUUCCAUCAGCUACUUCUGUUUUUGUUAGCACACCAAUUCAUUCGAAUUCUAAUACACAGAGAAUUAAUGAUAUUAAUAUUGCUAAUAAUACCGCAAACAGUAAAACUAACAAAUCAAAUGGAGAUGUUUUCAAAGAUCUAUUAGAUAGUCAAGGAUACAAUUUCUUUAAUUCACGAAAGAUUGAAAAAAACAAUCCAAAAACACUAAAUCAAAUGAGAAAAAUAGAAGCAGCCAAGAUUAUAGAUCCGGAUAGAUUAAAAAUUAUUGAAUGGACAGAAGGAAAAAGAGGUAAUUUGAGAGCUCUUCUUUCUUCAUUACAUAUGGUUUUAUGGUCAGAAGCUAAUAGAUGGCAACGAUGCGAAAUGCAUCAAUUAGUCACUACUGCAGAUGUAAAGAAAGCUUAUAGAAAAGCUUGUUUGGCAGUGCAUCCAGAUAAGCAAGCAGGAACAGCUAAUGAAAAUAUUGCAAAAUUAAUUUUUAUGGAACUGAACAAUGCAUGGAAUACAUUCAAAAACGAUGCGUUGCAACAAAAUUUAUUUUAAUUAUUUAUUAUUUUUUUAAAUUUAUUAUUUCGAUUAUUAAAUGUAAAAAAACUUCUUUCUUUUAUAUUCCGGCUAAUUUUAUUUUAGCUAUAGUGAAAAAAAAAAAUCAAUUAAAAAUCUAAUUCGAAGAAAUUAGCGAUUGCAAAUCGAAAUUAUAUUUGAGUGAUUCCAUGCAUCUCUUUAUAAUAUAAAAAAA